AUGUGUGGUAUUUUCGCCUACGUGAAUUACCUAGUAGAAAAGGAUCGCCGGACCAUAAUUGAUGUGCUUCUCAAUGCCCUCUCUCGACUGGAAUAUCGCGGUUAUGACAGUGCAGGCCUAAGUGUCGACGGCGACCGCGAGAAAGAGGCGCUGUUGUUCAAGCAGGUCGGUAAGGUCAACGCUCUACGCAAGCAUAUAUCUGAAUCAUCUGUCGACAUGGAUCGCACAUUCGUGUCGCAUGCUGGUAUGGCCCACACUCGUUGGGCCACUCAUGGCACGCCCUCACCACUUAACUGCCAUCCCCACAAAAGUGACCCAAGGGGUGAGUUUACUGUGGUACAUAAUGGUAUUAUCACAAACUACCGCGAGCUGAGGCUGGUACUCGAGAAGCGUGGUUACAAGUUCGAGACGGAUACAGACACAGAAGCAGUGGCUGUGCUUGUCAAGUACUUCUGGGAUAGCUAUCCGGAGAACCGCAAGCCCGACUUUCACAUUGUGGUGCGCUGUGCUGUGAAGGAGCUUGAGGGUGCCUUCUCGUUUGUUUUCAAAUCGGUUCACUUCCCUGGUGAAGUGGUCGUAGCUCGACGCGGCUCACCCCUGCUCAUUGGUGUCAAGACGGAGAAAAAGCUCAAGGUGGACUCGGUCGAUGUCCAAUUUGGCAACCCCCUGGAGGGUGACGAGUACUCCAACGAGCCCAACCUACAUUCACCACCUAACUUUGACCAGGUGAAUGCUCAGGCCCCGAUGGCUCAUGCUAGCAUUGACAAGCUCAUCCGCUCUCAAUCGCGCGCGUUCUUGUCGGAGGAUGGUAUGCCGCAACCCAUCGAGUUUUUCAUUGCAUCGGAUGCUUCGGCUGUGGUUGAGCAUACGAAGCGCGUGCUGUACCUGGAAGAUGAUGAUAUUGCUCAUAUUGCUGAUGGCGAGCUGCAUAUCCACCGUCUUCGGCGCAAUGAUGGCCUAUCGUCGACUCGCUCGAUCGAAACGCUGGAGAUGGAACUGGCAGAAAUUAUGAAGGGUCAAUUUGACCACUUUAUGCAAAAGGAGAUUUAUGAGCAGCCCGAGUCGGUGGUCAACACCAUGCGUGGUCGCGUCAACUUUGACACACGUGAGGUUCGCCUCGGUGGACUUAUGUCAUAUCUGAGCGUGAUUCGACGCUGCCGACGCAUUGUGUUCAUUGCUUGUGGUACGAGUUACCAUUCUUGUCUGGCGACGCGUGCGAUCUUUGAGGAGCUGACGGAAAUUCCUGUUUCGAUUGAAUUGGCGUCCGACUUUUUGGAUCGCAAGUCGCCGAUUUUCCGUGACGACGUUUGCGUGUUUGUGUCGCAGUCGGGUGAGACGGCUGACACGAUUCUGGCCAUGCGCUAUUGUCUGGGCCGUGAUGCCCUGUGCGUUGGUAUUGUGAACACGGUUGGCAGUACUAUCUCGCGUGAAACCCACUGUGGUGUGCACAUCAAUGCUGGCCCUGAGAUUGGUGUAGCAUCGACCAAGGCUUACACGUCGCAGUAUAUUGCCCUCAUCAUGAUGGCUGUGCACCUGUCAGAGGAUCGUAUUUCGAAGAUGGCUCGUCGUCACGAAAUUAUCGAUGGCCUGCAUGCUCUGCCGGAUCAGAUCCGUAUGGUGUUGGCGAACGAUAAGCAGUUCCAGGACUUGGGCUACAACACUCUGGUGAACGAAAAGUCGCUACUUAUUAUGGGCCGUGGUUACCAGCACGCUACGUGUCUGGAGGGUGCGCUGAAGAUCAAGGAGGUGUGCUACAUGCAUUCAGAGGGCAUUUUGGCGGGUGAGCUGAAGCACGGUCCGCUGGCCCUUAUUGACGAAGCCAUGGCUGUGAUUCUGAUCAUGACGAAGGACUCGCUGUACCCCAAGGUGCAGACGGCCCUGAGUCAGGUGUCGGCGCGCAAUGGCCGUCCAAUUAUCAUCUGCAACGACGGUGACACAAACCUGCCGAACGACGCUCGUGUGCUGCGUGUUCCCAUGACGGUUGAUUGUCUUCAGGGUCUCAUCACGGUGUUGCCGCUCCAGCUGAUUUCGUACCACCUUGCUACGGCGAACGGCAUUGACGUGGACUUCCCGCGCAACUUGGCCAAGAGUGUCACUGUCGAGUAA